AUGGCAGAUAUGGGCAGACUAAAUGAAGAGCUGAAGGCCAAAGCUAGGAUCAACAGGGCACAUGCCAGGAACACACUGGAGCUAGUUCAGGCUCAGUUUCUUGCCAGAGGGGCUAGUGGUCUGAAAGGUGUUCAACGGCGCUUUCACAUCAUGGAUGAUGAUGGAAACCGCAGGCUGAGCUUUGAAGAAUUCUCAAAGGGCUUGCGAGAUGUUGGAAUCAAUCUUCACAAGGAACAGGAGUAUGAACUUUUCAGGUUCUUUGACAGGGAUGGCGAGGGAACAAUUGACUUUGAGGAGUUCAUUAGAGCCAUGCAGCCCAAGAUGAAUGAGAGAAGAAGGAAAUUGGUUGAAGCAGCAUUUGUGAAAAUGGACAACACAGGGGAUGGGAUCAUUACUGUGAAAGAUCUGGCUAAACACUACAAUGCCAAGAAACAUCCCAAAUACAUCAGUGGAGAAUGGUCAGAGACCAAAGUCUACCAAGAGUUCUUGAAGACAUUUGAAGCUGAAGGUCACAUUGAUGGCAUUGUUACCCUAGAGGAGUUUAUGUCCUACUAUGCUGCAAUCAGCUGCAGCAUAGACAGUGAUGCUUACUUUGAUCUCAUGAUGAGGAAUAGUUGGGGUGAUGAUCUUCUCCUAUAG